AUGGAAAGCAAUGGCGGCCAUGCCAAGGACAAGACGUCCGACAGCGACGCCAAGUCCACCAAGGACAACACCCCUACGACCACCACCACCAAUACGCCGACAGAGUCCAAAAAGAGCCCCAGAAAGAGGCGCAAGGAGAGACCGUGUACGAGGUGCGUCAAGCGCAACAUAGGCCAUCUCUGCCACGACGAACCCCGGGAUCCGGAUGCAAAGAAGCCCAAGGGCUCUCAUGGCGCAACCGCGCACGACGAAUCAGACAGCCAGCCGGAACGGUCGCGCAGUUCAAUAGACCAAAAUGCCACCGUCAUCGCACCACCGUCCUUUGACGGGCCCGGAGCAGCCCAGGCCACGAACACAAAGCCAGGUUUUGGUGCAGCCGCGCUAGGCCAGGCAAACCCCCUACAGCUUGUGUCACCGGGUCCGGUCUCUGGGAUGCAGGCCAGUGCUUCUUCUGGCAGCAAUAUGAACCAACUUGCUGGCUUCUCUGACGCAUGGCUGACCGCGCAAAACCAAUUUCACGAUAUGCACCACUAUAACCCGCAAUAUAUGCUCCCUCAAGAAGUCACCCACGAGUUCAACCUGCUCAAUGAUUUUCUGAAUACCAGCCUCCUCGAUGACGGCGGAGCCCUGUCGGAUGACCAGAAUCUGCUCUACAGAAAUAACCAGUCGCAGCCCGAGUCCGAUAUGGCAGGCUUUCUGGGCGGCAAUAACAACCUCCUGCCCCCGAGUGCGAUGCAGUCAGGCUCGAUGCCUCCGCCGAACGCAGAGCAGACCAACAAGAUACCGCAACGUGCCAAUGCUGCCCCGCCGGACAAGACGCGUGAAUUCUAUCUCCAAGCGGCAGAUCCAUCGGGCAAUGACACACCUGAAGCACGCAUGCAGCGCGUCUUGAAGGCCAAGUACGAUGCCGGCAUGCUCAAGCCCUUCAACUACAUCAAGGGGUAUGCUCGGCUCUCGGCAUACAUGGAAGACCAUAUCGCUCCUGGCUCCAAGCAUAAAAUCCUACAAGAACUGAGCCGCUUCCGGCCCAAGUUCAGGGAAAAGGUGCAGGGACUCGUUGACAUGGAACUUGUUUUCGUGGAGAUGUGGUUCGAGAGGACGCUGAUGGAGUACGACCGAGUCUUCGCCGCCAUGGCUGUCCCGGCUUGUUGUUGGAGGAGAACAGGGGAAAUAUUCAGGGGUAACAAGGAGAUGGCAGAGCUGAUUCACGUUCCUGUGGAGCGGCUGCGAGAUGGCAAGAUAUCUCUGCACGAGAUACUUACAGAGGACUCUCUUGUUAGAUACUGGGAAGAGUUUGGCACGAUUGCAUUCGAUGCAGCACACGACACCCUUCUCACGGCCUGUGCGUUGAAGAACCCAGAUGACCGGUCCAACGACCCCAUUGUCAACUGCUGUUUUUCGUUCAUGAUACGCAGAGAUGAUCACAAGAUACCCAGCCUCAUUGUGGGCAACUUCCUUCCACAUGAUCCUUCGCAUGCAUAG